AUGUCUCCCACCAAUUCUUCCACCGAUGGCAAGUCUGGCGGCGACCUGGAGAGGCAGCAUACCAUCUCGCCUCGCGAUCAGCCUGCCCUGCCCUACAUUCCCCGGGAUUUCGCCAGCCCAAUGCCAUUGGGGCUGCUCUCGUUCGCCACAAGUGUUUUCAUGCUUUCUCUUUUCGAGCUUCAGCCGCGUGGCAUCACGGUGAACAACAUUGUCAUUGCCAACAUGAUUUUCUACGGGGGUAUCGGUCAGGUGGUGUCCGGUAUCAUGGAGUUCGUCACGGGAAACACGUUCGGUGCCACGGUCUUCAGCUCGUUCGGCGGGUUCAAUCUGGCAUACGCGUUCAUCUUCCUGCCUGGGAGCGGCAUCAUCGCCGCGUACACUGAUGCCGAGACAGGCCUGCCGACGCCCGAGUUCAGCCAAGCCGUCGCCAUGUUCGUGUGGGGCUGGUUCAUCCUCAGCACCAUAUUCACCUUCGCUGCGGCCCGAAGUUCCUGGGCUCUGCUCCUCCUUCUGUUCUUCGUGGACCUGACCUUCCUCCUCAUUGCGACUGGCCACAUGAUGAGCGAUGGUGCGCAGGUUCUCAAGGCGUCGGCUGGCACUGGAUUUGUCGCGGCCGCUAUCGGUUACUACACUGGCGCCGCCGGACUGAUGAACAACGGUGUGACUCCUUUCAACCUGCCGCUCGGGUCACUGGCAAGGAAGCACGACUAG